UCUUCCAGAGGAGCAGAUAACCUUGUAAUGUUGUACUUGAAAACUCAAAAAUUCCAAUCCAAAUAACCCAAACCCUAGAAGACGAGAGAGAGAGAGGCUGAAAGGUGAAACCCCAAGUUCUGAAAACCCCUAAUCAUUAAAAGAAGAGACAUUUUAAAGAUGGAAGGACAAAAUCCCCAACAUGGCCAGAUCAUGGAAGUAAGCGGUGAUGUGCCCAUGGGAGGGCCCAGCCCAAGUGGGAGCAAGAUUUGUGGAGGAGCAACUUGUGGGUUCUCCGACUCUAAGACCAUCUCUAAAGAUGCAAAAGAAAGGUCUGCAUCCAUGCGGAAACUUCUGAUAGCGGUCACCCUCUGCAUCAUCUUCAUGAGCAUUGAAGUAGUCGGCGGCAUCAAAGCGAACAGUCUCGCAAUCUUAACCGAUGCGGCCCAUCUGCUCUCGGAUGUCGCAGCUUUCGCCAUCUCUUUGUUCUCAUUGUGGGCAUCGGGGUGGGAAGCAAACCCACGUCAGUCUUAUGGUUUCUUCCGGAUUGAGAUCCUUGGUGCUCUGGUUUCCAUUCAGAUGAUAUGGCUACUGGCCGGCAUACUAGUCUAUGAAGCCAUUGCAAGACUAAUCCACGACACUGAUGAAGUCAAGGGCUUUCUGAUGUUCGUUGUUGCUGCUUUUGGUCUGGUUGUUAACAUCAUCAUGGCUCUCCUGUUGGGUCAUGAUCAUGGCCAUGGUGGCCACAGUCAUGGUCAUGGCGGGCAUAACCAUGGCCAUGGCGACCAUGGUCAUGAUGCAGAGCAUGCCCAUGGGAUGAGAGUAACCACACAUCAUUCGGGUCAAUCAAAGAACAAGGAUGAGCACGAUCACAUUCACCAUAGCAUUCAUGUGGAAGACGGGGAUCUUCACUCCCCCCUAAUCGGGCAUCCUGAAGAUUGCUGUGACUCGAAGGGUGGUUCGAAGGAAACCAAACCAAAUAAAAAUCAGAACAUCAACGUACAGGGGGCGUAUAUCCAUGUACUAGGGGACUCCAUCCAGAGUGUUGGAGUGAUGAUUGGUGGGGCGAUCAUAUGGUACAAGCCCGAGUGGAAGAUAAUUGAUCUGAUAUGCACGCUCAUCUUCUCUGUGAUUGUGCUGGGGACCACAAUCAAGAUGCUGCGCAGCAUACUGGAGGUCCUGAUGGAGAGCACACCGAGGGAGAUUGAUGCAACGAUGCUCGAGAACGGUCUCUGCGAGAUGGAUGGGGUGGUGGCCGUUCACGAGCUGCACAUAUGGGCCAUCACUGUUGGGAAGGUCCUGUUGGCAUGCCACGUGACGAUAACGCCAGAGGCAGAUGCGGACCUCGUGCUAGACAAGGUGGUGGGGUACAUUAAGAGGGAAUACAAUAUCAGCCAUGUAACCAUACAGAUAGAGCGCCAGUAAGUCCUGGAAAGGCAAGGAAUGGUGGUUAGAAAAUUACUAGGAUUUGUUACUUGUAUUUGGGGGAAUGUCUUUAUUCUAGUCUUGCAAAUUUUUUCUUCCUUUCGGUCCUCUGCUAUUCUUCUUGUCUGCUGCAUUUACGCCCCUUUGCACUCGGCGCUGAGAGCGGGUUUUGAGCUGACGCAUCACCUCCUAGGCAAUGGCCAUCUUGUGUUGGUAUCUGCAGUUAGGUGUAGCAGUGUAUGCGCAUUGGCUUCUCGGAGGUGUUGGUCUAUACAGAUUGGAUUGGAGAGCUUAGAGAUAAAGGACUCAGUCCACGCUUUCGUUGGGCAUGUAACGGUAUGGUUCAUUUCAAUUGUUUGCUGGGGAACAUUGCCUUUCUCUUAAUGGGCUCAUGCUGUAA